GUCGUGUGGUUUUAAAUCGAUAUUUUCUUGUACAUAUAUAUUGAUAUGUUUUUCUUUUCUUCUUGCUAUUUGAGUGGUUUCAUUCAAGCAAGCUGACACUGGAAAGAGUAAGGCACAACCAAUUUCGACGGUUAAAACGACACGGAACCGUACCUUUACACCAGCGUUUCCAACCCGGUGUUAUUUUGGAGUUGGACGCGCUCCUCCAACGGAUCGGUGUUGCUAACCUGCGGGAAAAAGGCACCAAUUUCACCCGUUUUCACGACAAUUUGUACACCAAAGACAUGGCAGACUCCAGAGACUUCAAGCUAAAUUUUACUUUGAAAGAAAUGAGCAUCACCAGCUCGCCGGACGAGGCCAGCGUGCCGGGCAGCUCCUCCACGGUGGAGUGUCUGGACAAAAAACUGGUGUGUGUUGAAUAUCCAGCCUCGGUGUCCAGGGUGGACAAGAUGCUGGAAACCGUCGGGGGUGAGAGAGGGGUGUCCCGGACGUACGCUUACCCCAACAGGCGGCUUGAGCUGCGUUUCCGGCCUCAGGACCCUUUCUGCCACCCUCUGUGUGGCAACCGCUUCCCGGCCAGCAACCUCCUGCUCCGAGUGCGGAGGCGGGUGCGAAAAAAGGAUCCCAAGGAUGCUCAGAUCCACAUGGAGAUACUGGGAAUCAUAGGAACUACAUACAAAUUCCAAGGGAUGGUGGACUUUCAGUGCCUCGCUGUGCAUUCAGAAGAAGGAAAACACACGUCCUUGUAUGACAAAAUCAUCCUUCGCAAGUCAGAGAAUCAGGAGUACUUCGAGCAGCCCGUGCCUUUCUUCCUCCCCCCGCCCAUCUUCUCACGUCUCGACAGUCCGGUGGAUUACUUCUACCGCCCUGACAGCCAUCACAACCAAGUACCAAGCACCAGGGAAAACUUCAUUGGUCUGAAUCGUGCCCGCCGGCCUCACAACACAAUUUUCAUCAACUUCAUCGAUGCCAGCGUGCCCUCUGAGCCCCUAGAGGCCGCCAAGGUCAACUGGCAGCGGGUGUGUUUGAAGGACUGUGACAGACAGGCUGAAGAAGACAUGAGAAAGAUGUUUGAGAGCCGACCCAUCUGGUCCCGGAACGCAGUCAAGGCCAACAUCGACAUCCACCCUGAGAAGCUCAAACUGCUGCUGCCGGUCUUCGCCUAUUACAUGGUGACAGGACCCUGGAGAAGUCUGUGGGUGCGGCUCGGCUACGACCCAAGAAAGAACACCGAGGCCAAGAAAUACCAGAUGCUGGACUUCAGGAUUCGCUGCAGCACCAAACAUGGAUAUUCAAUUAGUGACAUGCCAGUGAAAGCCAAGAGGAGCUCCCUUGACUACACUUUGCCUAUCACAUUCAACAAAGCAGUUCCCCAGCCGGCCAGCGUGAUGGAGCUCCCAGCACAGGAGGGUCCCAGCACGAGCCGGCAGCCGGUUCCAGUCAGGUACCAGCUCAAGGAGUCAUCUUACAUCUUCAAAGAAGGCAUGCUGCCUCCUCACAGACAGAUGUUUUACCAGCUCUGUGAUCUGGAUGUGGAAAGUAUAAAGAAAGUGAUUGAGCGGAACAGCGGUAAAGAGAGCGCAUGCGACGAGAGGGACGGCUGGUGUGAGGUCGGCACUACAGACGAACUGAGGGACAUGAUAUCAGCCAUGAUCAAGAAAAUCAUCCGAAGCCAGAGACCAAGUUUGCCAGAAUUCCCUGUGAAGCGCAGACGCUCUGGCCUCACUUUGAGACCCCGAGCGAAGGCCGUGGAAGAAGAGGACAACAACGAGGAGGAUGAAGAGGAGGAGGAGGAGGAGGAUGAAUUUCAUCCGUCAGAGGGAAGUGAAAAUGAGAUGGAAACAGAAAUAUUGGAAUACAUGUGAAGAUGGACAAAGACACUUGACAUUUGUCUGCUUUGCUGAAUCACAUUAGUCACAACAAUUAUGCUGGUGACUCUUUUCUGUGAAAUGUUUUUUUAUUUAUUUUACUGAUGAAUUGUAAAUAAAAAAUGUUUCUCUACUGAGUGGCAAAAGCAUCUCUUUGGAAACACCUCCAUCCUGAAGGUGCGGUUUCCUCCAGUGUCACCCAGUGACGUUCAGAAUAUUUAAAAUGCUCAGACUGUUUCCUGGACGUGAUCACAAUAAAGUUCAUUCAUAUUUA